UGAACAUGGGUGAAUUUCUGAACGGCUCCGACUUGUGCAACCACAACCUAACCAGCUUCAACCAGAUGAUGGAUAGGAUGUACACGUACUUCUACCUGCUGCUCUUCAUCCCCGGCCUGCUCCUCAACACCACUGCCCUGUGGGUCCUCUGCAGACACAUCAGCAAAAGGACGAAGGCGGUGAUCUUCAUGAUAAACCUGGCUUUGGCGGACUUGGUCCACAUCCUCUCUCUGCCUCUCCGGAUUUAUUAUUACUUCACGCACACCUGGCCUUUUGGACGCAUCAUCUGCUUGUUCUGCUUCUACUUGAAGUACUUCAACAUGUACGCCGCCAUCAUUUUCCUGGUCUGCAUCAGCAUGCAGAGGUGCGCCUUCUUGCUCAACCCGUUCAGGGCCCGCCGCUGGAGGCGCCGCUACGACCUGGUCAUCGCAGUCACCGUGUGGGUUGUGGUUGGCGUGGCGUGUUCCCCUUUCAUCCUGAUGAGGAUCGACAGCAGCUCAUCGACUCUCCACGCGUCCACCCCAUUGGUGAUCACCUCCACACAACAAUCCACGCCGUUUCCCGCCCAACACCACAGCACGGCUACCGUCAGCACGACGUCCGGCUGUUUUAAAGACCUGCCCAUUCGUAAAGUGUCGCUGUCCGUGGGGAUCACAAUGAUCACUAUCUGCGAGCUGUUCGGCUUCCUGAUUCCCCUCGCCCUCAUCGGCUACAGCUCCUUCCGUACCGUCAUGUCCCUCAGACACAAGGAGACUCCGGACCAGAAGAGCUCAACAGCCUUGACACGCAACCGCCUCCAGUCUGUCACCUCCAACGGCCACUCUGAGAAAUACCACGAGCAGGCCAGGGCGGAGAAACGGCGGGCUCUGCGGAUGGUGCUGGGCUGCUAUGCGCUCUUCCUGUUCUGCUUCGCUCCUUAUCACAUCAACUUCCUGCUCUACUUAAUGGUUUCUCAGAACCUACUGACCCACUGCGCCACCGGGCUGGCCGUGAGGCAGUUUCACCCCAUCUCCCUGUGCAUCGCCAGCCUGAGCUGCUGCCUCAACCCGCUCCUUUAUUACUUCCUCACGGCUGAGUUCAGGAUGCACCUGGCCAAGCGCACCUCCUCCUUCAACUCAUCCGUCCUGUCCUCUCCAGUCACCUCCCCGUCAGACUGUCCCGCACAGUGCAGGUUACUGAGACUGGAGAGCACCUGCUCAAAGUGAGACUGUUCUGGAACGAAACUGAAUUAAAUAAGUAUUAUCAAAGAAUGUGGUUAAUAAACAUUACAACUUUCCUUCACAUAUAUAGAUGUUUGGUUUUGUAUCUCUUUAAUGUAUACUUGUAAAUAAAAGCCCAACCUUUGUUUCCUA